AUGACUAUCUCUGCAGACAUGCGCGUCGACUUCUUGGUAGUAGGCGCAGGGCCUACAGGAUUGGGAGCAGCAACUCGGCUGAAUCAGCAUGGUGUAGAAUCGUGGGCACUUGUGGAAGCAGGAUCUGCGGCAGGUGGUUUGGCGUGUACGGACGAGACUGCAGAGAAGUUCCUCUUUGACAUGGGUGGUCAUGUUAUAUUCAGCCAUUACGACUAUUUCGACGAGCUACUCGAUGCGGCAGUAGGAUCUGGCCCCGAGUACUGGAACGUUCAUCAGCGAGUCAGCUAUGUAUGGAUAAGAGAAAG